AUUUUCCAAAAAUGGAAGGCUUCCAAAAUUGGAAGGUCUAAUCUCAGUGUUCCCAACUGUGAUUCACAUUCUUUGAUUUAAGUUACGGCCUUUUUAAAUGUGUAACAUUAAAAGUUGAUUUUGCCAUUUAUGAUCAUUGAUAUAAGGAGAAGCAGCAGUGCUAGUGUUGGUAAUACAGGCAUGCUAUGUCAAUGUACAUAGUGAUAUAAUAGCAUGGUGUCCUGGCGCACUGCUCUCUUUUUCUACUUCUAGAGGACACAUAGAAAUUCAGAAGAGAAAACAGCUGGUCAAUAACCAACCAGGAGGAACACAGCUAUAGCCCUGACAAAAAAUGGUUUAAAUUAAACUUACUAUUCCUCAUAUAAAUUGAAGAUUCAUGCUCCUUCGAUAGAAAGUAACACGAAAAACGGCGCAGCAACGCCUAUUUAAUUCGUCCCAUAUUCCGGAAAAAAAACAUUGAAAAAUGACGAGACCUCCACCCAAAUGUUUGGCAAAAGCCUUAAAAAAUUGAAAUCAACCACACAAUAUGCUAAUAAAUGCAGAAAACGGCAACAAAUACAAGUUUUACUCGCCACUACACUCCCGAAACCGCCGCACUCUGUCCAGACAAUUCCGCACUGUAAAUAAAGUCGGCGGUAUCGAACAAGCAUGGCCCGUCACUAAAGUACUUUUAAGGAUAUUUACUUUUCGUUUUUGAUGCUUUUUGCUUACAAAAUGUUUGAUAAAGUCUUAUAAAACCAUCGUUUGUCGGUAAAUUUUUGUCAAUUUUCCACGACUCAUUACUUUGAAAAAUUACCUAAAAUACAUCCACGCUAGGAUUUAGGCAUCCACGCUAGAUUAUGGACACUUCACUAUGGCGAAUAGAAAGCGACCAGGGGCGAUAGUCGCAUUUGCCUCAUGUUCGGCGGAAAUCGGUAAGUUCCAACAUAUGCGCAACAUUUUCUAUAUUUGGGUACGAUGACGUCGUCAGCGUACCCAUUUUUGGAAGGUGCGUACCCAUAUAUAGAAAAUCCUUCCAAAAAUGGAAGGCUUUCUAAAAAUGGAAGAUUUGACCACAGUUUCCCCGACUGAUACAAACCUGCUGCUAAAGACCAGACCACUGAGCUACAGGCGUCAACGUCUGUGUUGGCAGAACGACACAAGUCUCAAUCUCGUCUGUGGACUGUCUCUGCUGAUGGGAAAACCUACCAAUGUACGUUGUGCGACAAGAAGUUUACACAACGCACCUACAUGUACACGCACGUGCGUAUCCACACGGGCGCCCGGCCGCACGCAUGCUCCUCCUGCUCGCGCACGUUCCGCUCAUCGUCAGCGCUGUCUGAACACGAACGAAGUGCGCACACGAGCGGCGCCCAGUUCAGUUGCGAGCUGUGCGGCCAGACGCUGUUACACGCCUCCAGCCUGCGCCAGCACCUGCGCCGGCACCGGCAGCCGGCGGCGCACCGCUGCGCCGACUGCGGCAAGACGUUCCACCGGGCGUCGCAGCUGCGCGAGCACGCCGCCGUGCACUCGCAGCGCCGGCCGCACGCCUGCGCCGUCUGCGGUAAGACGUUCAAGAACCCCUCGGGCCUGGUGUACCACGGCCGGAUCCACAGCGGCGAGCGGCCGCACCAGUGCGGCGUCUGUGGCGCCCGGUUCCGCACCAGCUCGAACCUGGCGCGGCACCGACAGAGCCAGCACGGUGCGGGUGCCAAGGCGGCGGUGGAGGGGGCAAGCACGGUCUCUGCUCGUACCAAUCCACCGCCUCCUCGGCCGCCGUCGCCGCCUCCAUUGAGCGAUGCUCAGACGGUACCUCAGCCCCCUCAACCACCGCCGCCGCCGCCGCGGUUCGACCUUCUGCAGCCGGCGGGUUUUGAUGUGACCGGGCCCGAGUUUGGUGUGACGCACCACCACCAUCACCACCACCAUCACCAGGCUCCGUCGACAGCGCGCGGGGCGCACGGAGCACCGCCGCCGUAUGAUCGCUCCCUUCACGAACUGCUACCCGUGCCGAUGGAGACGUACCGACCUCUCUGAGCGAGGCAGUGUAGCGUGUUAUUCCGCUGAUCCUUCAGCGGUGUAGGGCGAGGAAUGAGGAGCGGGCAGCCCCUUUUCAUAUUCAAAAUCUCGAACUUUUUAUUACACCGGCUGUGAUAGUUGUUUGUCCUUAUCUCAAUAUAGAUAUUAUUGCGUGUAUGGUAUGCUGCUUUCUUCGAACAAAGAUGCUAUAAUAUUUCGUCCCGGUAUCGUAUUUUCAUCACGUGCUGGAUAAAUGUCAUCUUUUUUUAGUGUUUGUUUCAUAUUCAGUUAGAAUAGCCCGUUAUUUGAGCCUUUCUUUUCAUAUCCAGUCAUGUUUCAUGUAACAUUUGUUGUUAAUACCGGUUUUAAUACUCUACAGCGAGUAGCGACGAUGUGUAACCCCUUCUCGUAUUUCAAUGUUUUACAGCCACGAGUUUUGGUAGCUUUUCUGGUGUUCAUUGUGGCGCAAUAUUUCGCUUUUUAUAGAGCAUUCCCUAAGAUCAGGCAGAUUUUUGACCUAUUUAUGUAACUGUGUUUUAUACAAUAUCCCUCAUAGUGGUCCUCAAGCGUUGUGUUUCGCUGAUCCUGUAGCAUUGUUACUUGUAAGCUGAGGCUUUACAUGAUGCUACUCUUUUCUGUAAUACAUUUGUUUUGUACUGUU